GAUCAAGCACUAAGCCAGUAACACAGAUGACAUAAUAACCUUAGGCUUCAAGUUGUCAUUUCAAGGAGCGAAGAAGAGAUAUAUCUGUAGUCGCUGAUCGUUGAAUCGCCGAUACGAAUUCGAUUCCUCACGAGUGCGAGUGCAUAUUUUCAUCUGAAUUCAAGAUUCCACGAAUCUGUAUCUCUUUUUCUUAAUUCAAGUUUCGCAUUCAGGCAACUUUUUUCUGUUUCCUUUGCGACGGUGACAUCCCGUUCUUCAUGUUCAGUUCCAUGAAUCUUGAUUAUUCGAAUGCUAGAAAUCUGAUCCAUGAAUCUUGAUUAUUCAAACCCUAGAAAUCUUAUUUAAAUUCAAGUUUCUGCUGUCCAUGGCUUGCCUCGAUUCCAAAGAGAGAUAUAGAAACGAUCGAAAGAAAUAUAAAGCUUCUAGCUCUUCUGAAUUUGAUAUCAUUAUUCACUGGUUCAUCUCUCUUUCUUUCAUUGUCAAUCCACUCUCCUUUAGAUUUCUGAUGUAUCCAUUCUUUUCUGAUGCGUAAUCUUGAUGAUUCUUGAUUAUUCAUGUCUAAGAGUUGAUAAAAAUUGAAAAGUUUCCAUGUGUAUACUUAAGACAAGUUAGUUGCUCUGAUUAGAUGAAACAAAAUUUAAUGAAUUAUUGACUCUAAAUGUGACUUAGAAUGAGUUUUUAUUCUUAUGAAAUUGACUUAGUAUGCUUAGAUGGAUUCUUGACCCAAAAAUGUGACUUGCAAUUUAAAUUUUGUAUUCAUAUGAAAUUGAGAUUUAUGUUUGGGUGACCCUAAAUUUAAUCAAGAGAUAGAUGCUUGACCCAAAAUGUGACGUGCAAUAUAAAUGUAUGUGACUUGCAAUAUAAAUGUUUUAUUCAUAUGAAAUUGAGAAUGUAUGCUUGAAUGACCCUAAAUUUAAUCGCGAGAUGGAUUCUAGACCCAAAAAUGUUGCUUGCAAUAUGAAUCUUGUAUUCAUAUGAAAUUGAGAUGUAUGCUUGGAUGACCCUAAAUCACGAGAUAGAUACUUGACCCAAAAUAUAGCUUGCAAUAUGAAUCUUGUAUUCAUAUGAAAUUGUGAUGUAUGCUUGGAUGACUCUAAAUCACGAGAUAGAUACUUGACCCAAAAUGUGACUUAAUAUGAAUCUUGUAUUCAUAUGAAAUUGGGAUGUAUGCUUGGAUGACCCUAAAUCACGAAAUAGAUACUUGACCCAAAAUGUGGCUUGUAAUAUGAAUUUUGUAUUCAUAUGAAAUUAGAAUGUAUACUUGGAUGACCCUAAAUCACAAGAUAGAUAUUUGACCCAAAAUGUGGCUUGCAAUAUGAAUCUUGUAUUCAUAUGAAAUUGAGAUGCAUGCUUGGAUGACCCUAAAUCACGAGAUAUAUAAUUUAUCCAAAAUGUGGCUUACAAUAUAAAUUUUGUAUUCAUAUUAAAUUGGGAUGUAUGCUUGAAUGACCCUAAGUCAUGAGAUAAAUAUUUGACUCAAAAUGUGGCUUGCAAUAUGAAUUUUUUAUUCAUAUGAAUUUGAGAUUAUAUGUUUGGACGACCCUAAAUUUAAUCACGAAAUAGAUUAUUGACCCAAAAAUUUGACUUGCAAUAUGAAUUUUGUAUUCAUAUGAAAUUGGGAUGUAUGCUUGGAUGACCCUAAAUUUAAUCACAAGAUAGAUGCUUGACCCAAAAUGUGGCUUGCAAUAUGAAGUUUUUAUUAUAUGUGACUCUAAAUGAUAUGACAUUUGAUAAAUUGGGAAAAUGAUAUUGUGCCUCGACAAACAUUAGAUCGAAAUUUGAUAUUUGAACCUAAAUGAUUGUAAUUUAAUAAAGUGGGAUGACAAUUGUGCCUCGAUAACCAUUGAUGCCCAAAUAUGAUAUUUGAGCUUAGAUGACACUAUAUUCGAUAAAUUGAGAUGAUGGUGUUAGAUGCGAAAUUUGAUAUUUGAGUCUAUGUGAUCCUAAAUGCGUUAAAUUAGGAUGAUGGUGCUGCGCCUCGAUGACUUUUAGUGCAAAAUAUGAUAAAUUUGAAUGAUGGUUUUGUGCCUAGAAGACUUUGCAUGUCAGAUGUGAUAUUUGAACCUAGAUGAUCCUAUAUUCCAUGAAUUGAAAUGAUUGUGCAGUGCCCUGAUGAUCUUUGAUCCAAUAUUUGAUAUUUGAGCAGAGAUGAUUCUUAAUUCGUAAAAUUAGAAUGAUGGUGUUGUGAUGCGAUGACCUUGGAUUCAAAACUGAUUUGAGCUAGAUGGUCUUAAAUUCGAUAAAUUGAAGUGAUAAAAAAUUUCCUCGAUAAUAUCAAAUACAAAAUUUGAUAUUUGAGUUUAGAUUGUCCUAAAUUUAAUAAAUUAGAAUGAUAGUAUUGCACCUCAAUGAUAUUGAAUGCAAAAUAUAAUUUUGAGUCUAGAUAUUUUAAAUUUGAUAAAUUGAUAUUAUGGUUUGGUGCCGUAAUAACUUUGGAUGCGAAUUUGACUUUUGAGCCUAAAUGAUAUGAAAUUUGGUAAAUUGGUGAAGUUCUUAAAGAAGAGAGGAUUGGCUAACUGAAGACUAAGUUGGGUUGCUCCUUCAUAAAAAAAAAAAAAAAAAAACUUUUGAUGAAUAUGAAAAUGAUUAUAUUAGAGAAGGAACUUGGUUUUCAACUGCUAUUUUACAAUGGAAUAUUUUAUGAAAUCAUGAGAUUUUUAAGCUUCACGGUGCUUGCAUGGCAAUGGUUCCUUGCUCCUUGAUGUCUCGGGUGUUGUGGUUGCUAAUGUUUCAUUUAUCAAGUAUCAGCGCCCUUCAUUUCUGCCUGAUGGGUUUGGAUAUGGCAGCAGAUUAAAGUGCCGAGUUCUCUUUCCUGCGAUGAGGACAAAACAGAUUUUUUUUAAUCAUAAGAAGAAACAGAAUUUUAAAUGGAUGUAUUUAUAAAUACCUUAUAUGCACUUCUAUACCUAGUUGUCCAAGGCUCACUUAAAGUCACCCGAACAGGGAAAUUAUAGAAAGGAGGUGUUAGUUACAAGGGAAGGACCAAAGGUUAGUAUUGAGAAGACUAGUGUGUUUCUCAAAAAAUGUUGACAGGAAUCUUAGAACUGUGUUGAGUGGAACGCUGGGCUUUCAAAGUACAGAGGAUUUGGGGAAGUACCUUGGGGUUCCUUUUUUGCGUAACAAUAGUAAAAGAGGUACUGAUAAGUUUCUAAUGUAUAAGAUUUCUCAAAGACUUAGUAACUGAAAGACAAAUAGUCUCUCCCUUGUUGGUAGAGUAACCCUUGCCCAUCGGUAAUCCAAGCCAUGCCCUCCUAUGUCAUGCAAAUGGCUUAUAUUCCAAGAGCUCUCUGUGAUGAAAUUGAUCGAAAAUGUAGGGACUUUGUUUGGGGAGACACGUCGGAGCGUAGAACUUGUCAUCUAAGAAUAGUGGUGGCUUGGGUCUUCGAUCUGCGCGGAAUAUGAAUAUGGCGAUUAUGAUGAAAGCGGGUUGGAAUCUGUGUCACAGAAGUAAUGAUAUGUGGGUAAGAACCAUCAAAUUGAAUAUAGGUGCGGCCAUGACAUUAUGCCUAGAAUCAAUUGCAAGAGAGUUGGAUCCAACUUUUGGCAAGGAAUCUGCAAGGGAUGGAAGAAUGCCAAUGCAAAUAUCAUUUGGAGAGUGCGGGGUAGAGCUAGAGUGAAUUUCUGGACUGACCAUUGGGUCCCAAAUGUGGGGAAUCCUGUGGAUGUGGCCUUAACCAGCGUGUUGGGGGUGAAUGGGAUGUGGUCAAGCUAAGGAAGCAACUGCUCAAACUGUUAUUAACUCCCUUCUAACUAUUCCUCCUCCGAGCUGCACUGAUGAGAAGGAUUUAAUAGCUUGGAAAAGUGUAAAUGAUGGAACCUUUUCUUCUGCUCAAGCCUAUAAGUCUCUCAUACCAGUGAAUAAUCUGAAUUCUAAUUCUGUAAUCCCUCUGAUUUGGCGUUGGAAAGGGCCAGAAAGAAUUAAGUUACUUUUGUGCAAGAUUGCAAAAGGAAUUCUAAUGGCGAAUGUGAAGAGGAAACAACGAGCUAUGACUGAUAAUGACUUGUGCCCAAUAUGCAAGUUAGUCCCCCUAAACAUUGCUUCAUGCCUUCAGAGAUUGUGGAUGUGUUAUGCAGAUUUGGAGAUUUUACUGGUUGGUUGAUAAUGACUCAAUGUUCCUGGAUUCUAAUUUGGAGGAUUGGAUUAGGUGCAAUUUCACCUGCACAGGAAAUUCAGCUCAGGGUGAGAGUUGGUAUACUUUUUUUGCUGCUGUCUUGGAUAAAAUUUGGUGCACUAGGAAUGAGCUAGUCUUCAUGGUUAUCAUCCCUAAUCACCAUAAUCUUCUUUUCCAAAUUCACUACGUGGUUGAGGACAUUAGAAGGUCUAGAGAGGAGGCGAUUGUCAUUAAUGUCGGCGGCUUGAAUAGGUCCAACAACUCUUUCUUGUACUGGUCUGCUCUGGAGGAAGGAGUCAUGAAGAUCAAUUGUGAUGCUGCAGUGGGACAACUAGGUGAUUUUGCAGUUUGCAGGUUCAGGUGGUUUAGCGCGCGAUCAACCAGGAAUUCUUGUGGGGCUAUGCUGGAAGUGUGGGGAUUUGCUCUGGUACAGGCUGCAUUAUGGGCUGUGUUCAGGGAACUGCAUAUAGCUAUGGAAAGAAACCAAAUGCAGACUGUUGUGGAAUCAGACUCUCUCAUAGCAAUAGACCUAUUGAAGAAGGAAUGUUGUCUUACUCAUCCUAAUGCUGUUUUAGUGGCUAGAAUUAAAGAAAUGGCAGAGCCAUGGAGUUUAUCUAUUUUGUGUAUGUUCCUACGAAAGCAAAUUCAUUUGCAGAUUGUUUAGCAAAACAUGGUUUAGCCUUCGGAGGAAAUGGAGAAAUCUAUUGUACUGCUCCUGGGUUUCUGUUGAACUUCCUUAUGGAAGAUGUAAUGAAUAUGACUAUCUCUCAGAGUUAAUAUUAUUUCUUGGUUGGGGUGUUGCCCCUCACUAUUCACCAAA